AAGCGUCUCUAGCGCGCAGCUGGUAAGUACCGGGCGGACUGAGAGCAGGUGUCACUAGAGAGAGGAUGGAGGGAAAGGACUCGGGGAGUUGAGGAGACCAAGCGAGGGAAAAUGUAAGCUCAACUUUAUAUUUUCUGCCUGGUCUGCACACGCCCGGGGGGAAUUCAGAGUCGAUCCCAUCCUUGUACCCGGAGAUUGGGGACUGUUGGAUUGAAAGCAGGUGAUCCCAGGAGGUCUGCUCGUUGGCUUUUCCUCGUUGGCCACUGAAAGUGGACUCCGGGAGACCUCUGGCUAUAAGUUGCCGAGCCUUUCUCUGCUCGCGCCAUCAACGCCACAUCAUUUUCUUCCGGCCUCGUUUUUCCUAUGAGUAGAGGUCCGAGUUCCAACCCUCUUCAAGCAUCCAGAACUGUGUCAUUUACCAAGAGACCUCACCUUACCGGUUUUCCUCCAUUCCUUGGUAAAGUAUGCUGGAUAGGAAACCAGUGACCUCACUGCCUGUGGCCUGCAGCUAUACCUGACUCUUCCUGCUCCUAGGACCCUCACUGAUAAAGGAAGAGGGACUGAAGUGGCAGUUGGUUCCAGAGACUGAGAAGCAGAAGGCAUCCUAGCCCAGAUUGGACUUGGCUACAGUGACUGCAGCCUUUUGGGGACUCCUGAAGGGUUGGGGGUUUUGUAAAGGGUGACCCGGUCUCAUGGACCUCCCGGAACCCACAACUCAAUUCCCUUCUUUAGUCAAGCUGAGAUGAUAGUGGCAUUUCAUCUUCUCAAAAAUGGUAUCAGAAUGCAUUCCUGAUUCAGGAAAGCUCCCUGAAGAGCAAAUGCUGAGCCCAAGGGAAGCCAUUAAAGCAAACAAUGGAUUAGCAGCUGGACUCCACCGGGCCAGCAGGUGGAUACUGGACACUGACAACCGCUUAGAGGCAUGUUCAGCUGUUAGGAAAGAUAAACCAGAAUGAAUCACUGUAACCAGUGAUUGGAUACGAAAAAAAGUAAUGGGUUCGACUUGUUCUUGUGGCUUGCUUUUCUCUCUGUAAACGGUAGUAACCUUUAAACAGCCAUCUAUCCACUUCCCAAGAUGUUUUUUUUUCCCUUAUUGACUCGUUUUUUUUGUUUUUUUUUUUUUAACUUCCUUGAAUUUAGUAUUCAGAGGCUCAGAGUUUGGCUUACUAAAAUGGAAAUUAAAAUGUGGUGACCGCAACUUUUCGAUGCCAGAGAUGGCACCUCUGAGAUACUGUAUCCUGUGACUGCCAGAUGCUAGUCGGAGCCAGUCAACUGACACUGUCUCUAGGGAGCUUGUCCCCCCUCCCCCCUCCACAAAGUUCAACGGACUCAAUUUUUAAAAAUCCAAAUGACGGGGCUGGGGAUUUAGCUCAGUGGUAGAGCGCUUACCUAGGAAGCGCAAGGCCCUGGGUUCGGUCCCCAGCUCCGAAAAAAGAACCAAAAAAAAAAAAAAAAAAUCCAAAUGACAAGGAAAGAAAGAAGAAAAGGGUCAUGAUAUACUGGAAACCACACAAGAUUAGUCUGGGGAGGCAGAAACCAUAAAGCCCCUGAGACUAGGUUCGGAGAGGAAAGAUAAAGGAAAGACCCCCUCUCAGCUUCACCCUUUACCUGUCUCAGAAACAACAGCCCAUUUUAACCACAGAUUUCACCUGGGCCACAGGACACCAUGGAUGUGCACCCUGAUGCCCCUGGGGGUCAAAAGAAAACAGUGGAGAACGGCAUGGGAGGCGGCAGCCCAGGAGCCCAGCAAGACUCUGUGAUGAGGACAGAUUCAUCGGAGAUGACUGAUGUGGAAUCUGUAAUCAGCAGCUUCGCGUCUUCAGCAAGGGCGGGCCGCCGCAAUGCCUUACCCGACAUCCAGAGUUCACUGGCUACAGGUGGAUCCCCUGAUCUUGCACUGAAGCUGGAGGCAUUGGCUGUGAAGGAAGAUGCAAAAAUGAAGAAUGAAGAGAAAGACCAAGGCCAACCGAAAAAGCCCCUAGACGAAGACAAAUAAAGGCUUAGAAUUUAUCAAGGGUGUUGAUUUUAUGCACAUUGAGAGACAUAGCUAUGCAUUCCUGGGGUGUUUGAUCUGGUAGUAACCAUGGUAACCCAUGGUAACCUCUGUGUGUGUGUGUGUGUGUGUGUGUGUGUGUUUUCAGUAAUUUUGUUAUGAUGCUAUCCUUAAACUGCAGCUAUGAUACUGAAAUAGAAUAUUAAAAGUUAUUACCUUCAAAUUGCACCCAAGGAAGGACACACUGUUUAUAUCCCAACAAUAUCCUAUCUGUCUAUCUCGGGAUUUACUUAGUCAGAUAUAUGUUUAAUUCUGUCUUAGCAAGUUAGAACCUUUUUCUUGGUAUGUAUAAAUGGAUACCUAUUAAUUUAAUACUUUGUAGAAUUUGUAGGAAAUUAUAUUUUUGGUGAGAUAGAAUUAGUAGUAAAAAAAUCACUCUUAUAAAAUGUGUUUAUUUUUCAUUAAAAUUGCACCAUAUUUCCUGCAAAAUAUUAGGAGAGAUCUGGAAAUAUUGUAAAAGUUGUAACAACUUAAACAUCUCUAUGAUGUUUUUGUCUAAUGUAUUUUGCAUCUAGUCUCGAUGUAUUGUGAUUUUUAAUAUGGACUCACAUAACAUAAAAUUUGUGACAAACUUGCUUAAAAGAAACAUGUGUAUUGAAUAAAUCUCACUAUAUUCCUUAA